UUCGUUGUAUUUCUCCUAGGUGACCGACCGCACGCUAAAAAGGAGCAGCAGAAAACGGCGAGCAAGAAAGAGAAACUGGGAACAGAAAACAGAACAGUCGCACUAUAAGAUCAUACGAGACAGAGACAUGGAGUUACUACCGCAACGCAUUCCGGGAUUCCCAUAAGGGCGACGAGUGCUCGCCGUUUUCAGCUACCCGCUACUACCACGUGCCCCCUUUCGCAACGGGCCAUGAUCCGAGACCAUGGACGGCCAGGGUAACGCGAUGAUCGAGGCGCCGCCCGGCGAUCACGGGGUCGGCUCGACCAUGAUCGUCAGCGGAUUCGUCAUCGCUCUCGCCGUCAUCUCCGUUGCGCUUCGCUUCUACACACGCAUUUUCACUCGAGUCGGUCUGGGACCCGACGACUGGUUUAUUCUGAUAUCCGUCCUCGCCACGUUGGCGGUGGGAGGGUUGAUUCUCUGGGGAAACAGCGUGACCCCGGAUGGUCCUUGGGUCUCGGAGAUCGACGACCCCGACUUCGUCUACCAGACCCGAGAUCUGUUCUAUAUGCAGCUCUCUUUCGCCUCUUCCCUACUCUACUUCACCAUCUCGGGCACCACUAAGCUCGGAAUCCUACUCAUGUACUUCCGCCUCUUCUCCUCGAGCGAGACUUUCCGAUGGCGCCUGCUCAUCGCCGGCCUCAUGGUCCUUUCCUGGUGGCUGGGCUGCACCGCCGCGGCGCUCAUCGAGUGCCGACCAAUCCUGCGCGAGCUCCGCGGGCCGCUCAUCUACCCUAUCUUCUGCAACUUCAACUUCAACAUCUUCUGGAUGGCCACCGGCGUCUGCGAGAUCCUACUCGACCUCCUGAUCCUCGCCCUACCCGUCAGCUUCGUCCUGCGCAUGCGCCUGUCCCCGCACCAGAAGGUUACCGUCUCGGGAAUUUUCCUCCUCGGAGCCUUUAUCAUUAUCACGGGCAUCGUUAAGGUGACCUUGGGUUACUCCCCGGGCUCGCGCACACCCUCUUACGCCAACACUGAGGUCUGGGCGGCCGUGCAUACGGGGAUGGCCAUCGUUUGUGCUAGUUUGCCCAUCCUGCGGCCGCUAGCCGUUCGCAUGACUCACUUUUACUACACAAAAGUCUUAGGCCGCCCGUCGAGCGUGACGUCCUUCACCCAAAGCGGCGACGGCACCCACGAUGAAAACGGGGAUGAAAAACCGGACGCCAGUGGAAGUAGCGGGGAUGAGAGCGAAAAGAAGGAGAAUCCUAGCGGCAAUAGUACGGGGGGCACUACACCGCCUACGUCCUCGGAGCGUGAAGGUCCGGAGAUGGCUAAAGCACCGCCGCAGCCGCCGAGCGCGGCCCAUCUAGCGACGCCUAGCGAACAGCCAGCGGGCCUGAAGCGAGCGGAAGGGGUAUCCUAUGAACACCCAAAGCAACACCUGCCCCCUCCGCAGUAUGCACAUCCUCGUCAACAACCUCGAUAUCAACGAUACCAAUACGAAAAAGAACUGCCACCGCCGCCUCCCCCUAAGCCGGGCCAAGAGGAGCGGUACGCCAUGUCGUGUCGGAUAGAGACGGCACAGGACAUAGAAGCGAGCAUGACGACGCGGCUGACGACUCUUCUGGAUGGCAGCCGCAUGCCGCCGAGUCCGUCCCACUACUCACCGGUGUGAGUAUGUAUAUACGUGACUAUCUAGGAACCUACUUUGCUCAACAGCACAAACACACACACAUACAUGAACACUCCCCCGCCUCCUACGUGCGAGGUAUAUAUAUAUAUAUAUAUACCUACGGCGUAUUUACCUUACCCCUCCAUGUAGAUAGA